AUGCCACGAAUAGAACGAUACAACGGCUGCCAGGUGAGAUCUCGAUUGAAACAGAAACUGGCGGAGUCGGAAGCAGCCAGGGCCUCCGCAGAGGACAAGUUGACAGCUGCUCAAGAGGAGGUCCGAAUGGCAAGAGAUGCACAGCAGGCGAGCGAAGAGGCUUGCCGGAGGAUGGAGGCCAUUCAGCAUGAUCUUCAGUCAAAGCUGGCCAAUGCAAAGGAGGAGGCAACCCAUUUGAAAACCCAGCUCUCCAGGGAUGAGGCUUGCCGGAAGAUGGAGGCCAUUCAGCAUGAUCUUCAGUCAAAGCUGGCCAAUGCAAAGGAGGAGGCUUGUUCAGCAAAAGAGAACAAUCAUGCCAGUGAGGAGGCUCACCAGAAGAUGGAAGCCCGUGCCUUAGAGAAAGAGACAGCUGUGGCAGCUGUUUUCAGAGCAUAG